AUGUCGUCCACAACAUCAGACAUUCCUGUGCUGCUGCUCAAGACAAAUUCCAUCCCAGCUGAUGGCUACCAAGAGAUCUUCGCCAGCUGGAACAACUAUCUACCAACUUUUCUACCGGUCCUUGAACAUCGCUUCAGACAGGAUGCCCUGAGUUGGUUGAAGAACAUAACUUCAACCCGAGGCUUCAACUCUGUUGUUGCUGCUCCGGCUACCGAGUCAAGCUUCGGCGGCAUCAUCUUUACUUCACAACGUGCUGUUGAGGCUUUUACAUCGAUAGUCGAGUCACUCAAUCCUGAUACCAGAGAUCAGCUUCUGCCCGAAGCUCUACCACUUUAUGUUGUUGGCCCAGCCACUGCCAGAGGGCUACGAUCACUAGGGUUGAAGUGUCAAAUCAUUGGAGAGGAGACUGGUAAUGGUGCUGCCCUGUCCACCUUUAUGCUGGACCACUACAACAGCCUUCCCACAAGUCAGACGGUAAGGCAAGGCCAAAAGCUCCCUCUUUUGUUCCUGGUAGGAGAAGUGCGCAGAGACAUCAUUCCCAAGUCCCUCCAAUCCCUUGAACUACCCCAAGAAGCUCGCAUCGGAGUUCACGAGGUUGUCAUCUACGAGACUUGCGAGAUGGCAUCUUUCCAUAUCGACUUUGCUCGUGCUCUCGAGGAGAACACUGCGUCCGGUAUCAAGGAGCAGUGGGUAGUCGUGUUCUCACCUCAAGGAUGCAGAGCGAUGCUCGAUUGCUUAGGAUGGCUCGACGAGGCUGGCCGCUACCAACCAGAGGUUGCAGAAUCAUCGCCAAUCACAACGUUCGUUGCAACCAUUGGUCCUACGACACGCGAUCAUCUGAUCAAAGAGUUCGGAUAUGAGCCUCAUGUGUGUGCCGAGAAGCCUAGCCCGGAAGGCAUAUACGCUGCCAUAGAGAACUAUAGAAGCACAAAUACAAGGACGCAACUGUAA